CCCCAUCAUCCUCCACCGCCGCCCUCAUCUGCCCCUCACUCUAGCCCACCUCCACCGCCUCACACUCCUUCUGGCCGACACACAGCUGCGCGAGCGACGGCUCAGCGGCGACCCGCGCGCGUCCACCUGCGCCGCUCCGGCCCACCUCCGUCUGCGCCUUCGUGCUGCCACGCGCGUCGCGUCUGCCGCCAGCUGCAGGCGCGCGUCGCAAUCUCCGAGCGGCCGCCAUGAGCUCGCCGUCGGCCGCCACCGCGCCGCCUGCCGCAGAGCAGCAGACGCCGCAGCCAGCAGCGACGAGCGUCUCUGAGCCACAGGCCGCUGCUGCUCCGGCUGCCUCUGGCGCCGACACUUCGCUGGCCGCCGCUGCUGUGACGCUGGCGACUGCGGCUGCGUCUGCAGCGCCGUCUUCCUCGUCGCCGACAGUGACGGCCGCACCGAGCAAGACGCCGCCGCGUACCACGCGUACCUCAGCUGCCGGAUCCUCGCCAGGUGGGCGCUCGCCCGCCAGCUCCGGCCGCUCGUCGCCCUCGACGCCGGGCACCAGUGCUGCAACGUCAGCAUCGCCGCGCAGCUCGGGCCGCGCGUCUCCCAGUGCCAAAGGCAAGGAGAGAGACACGGGCGCUGGAGCUGCAGGCACGCCUACGCGUCAAGGCAAGCGCUCUCAUCCGGACGCUGGCGCGGAGUCUGCCGGCAGCCCGGGCGCCAAGGCCGCACGCACCUCGUCGGAGCAGAGCCCGAAGCGGAGAGGCGGCGGCAACGGCGGCAACGGCGUGACGCGCCGCAACGCCAGCAGUCCACGGCGGACGAAGAGCGCCGCUGCUGGCGACGGUGCCGGGAACGGCUCGCCUCGUGCGACUGCCGGCGCAGAGCUGGAUGCCGACGGCGACACGUCGACGGGCUCCGUCGAUGACGUCGGCGACAUCUCUGGCGGCUCGGCCAGCUCAACAGGCUCGAAUGGAGGCCUGGCCUCUGCAUUCCAGUAUCCUUCCGAAGCCGGUGCUGGCCUGCACAUCUCGAGCACAGUGAGCCGCGGCUCGUACCACCAGUGCGGUACGGCGCGCCGAGUCAAGGUGUACGAGCUGCAGGGCGAGACGUGGCACGACCGGGGCACGGGCUUCUGCGCCGGCGUCUACGAUGAGGGCCGCGACGAGGCGCUGCUCGUGGCGUGCGGCGAGGAGUCGUGCGCCGUCAUUCCGCUCGAGAAUGAGACGGAGGAGGGCGCGCCUGGCUUCAUCUUGGUCGUGACGCCGACGUUGGAGGGCGAGAAUGUGUUGCUGAAGUCGACGGUGGUCCGGGAAGACGUGUAUCAGCGGCAGCAAGAUACCCUCGUCGUCUGGACCGAGCCGACAGGCGUGGACAUGGCGCUGUCCUUCCAAGAGGCCGAGGGCUGCUCCGAGAUCUGGGAGUUCCUCACCGAGGUGCAGAAGCACUUCAUCCUGAACGGCACGGCGAUGCCGGCCGGGCAAGAAGGCGCGCUCUCCGACUCGCCGCCGCUCACGCCAAACGCGGGCAGCAGUCCGGUGCCGGGGCCGCUGCACGAGGGCGACAGCCUCGUCAUGGCCGAUGGCGGCGCGUUCUACUUGCCCGAGCCGCAGAUGGACAACCUGGAGCUUGUAGAGGUGACGCUCAAGGACGCGGCGAGCCGUGGGCCGCACGCGCGGGAGAAGGUCGCGGCGUGGAUGCUAAAGACAGGCUUCCUCAACAAGCUGCUGCCGGUCUUCAGCGAUGCGGAGGAUCUCGAGCAGCUGACCGCGCUGCACCACCUCUGCACGAUCAUGCAGGCGACCUUGUCCCUGAAUGACCACGCGCUGCUCGAGACGAUCCUGCAGGACGAGGUGUUCCUCGGCGUCGUCGGCAUGCUCGAGUACGAUCCCGAGUUCCCGACGCUCAAGGCCAACUACCGCGACUUCCUCACCAAGACGACGAAGUUCCGCAGCGUCGUCGAGAUCGUCGAGCCGCACAUCCUCGCCAAGAUCCACCAGACGUACCGCCUCUCCUACCUCAAGGACGUGAUCUUGGCGCGCGUGCUCGACGACCCAAUGUUUUCGGUGCUCAACUCCUUCAUCUUCUUCCACCAGGUCGACAUCGUCGGCUUCUGCACGAGCUGCGAGGCGUUCCUCGUGCCGCUGUUCGCGCUCUGGAACGAGGGCUAUCAGCUGACGCCGGCCAUGAUCCUCAAGCGGCGGCAGACGGAGAAGGAGGCGCUGGCAGAGACGAGCGAGGAGCAAAAGGCACAGCGCGAGGAGCGCAAGCGCGACGGCAUGAUUCUCAUCCAGCAGCUCUGCGCGAUGGGCAAGCAGGUGCAGCUGCCGGCGCGCAUCAGCCUCUACCGCUCGCUCGUCGACUGGGGCCUGCUGCGCGUGCUCGAGUGGGCGCUGCAGCAGAACAGCGCCGAGACGCGGCUGCGCAACGCUGCAGCAGAGGUGCUGCUGACGAUCAUCGAGUACGACGCCAACAGCGUGCGCGCGCACAUCCUUGUGCAGGCAGAGCACAAGCUCUCCACGCCGCUCUCGACGCUGCUCAUCGACUCGCUGCACGCCGAGCAAGACCUCGGCCUCAAGACGCAAAUGGCAGAGGCGAUGCGUGUGCUCUUUGACACGGGCAUCGAGGGCGCGGCGUCGGCUGGCAACGCUGUCGUUCAGUCGUUGGCCGCCGCCGCCGCAGCGGCCGCUGGCUCGAAGGCGAAGGACGAGGCGGACCGCUUCCUGACGUUCAUCUACGAGAGCGACAUUGAGCGCCUCUUCUCGCCGCUCAGCACGCUGCCGAACUUCCGCGAGAUCGCCGCCGGCACGCACGUCGACCUGCAGCCGCGCGCCCGCAGUGCGCUGUUCGGUCACCUCUGCGACCUGCUCUGCUACGUCAUGGCGAACCACACGUUCCGCUCGCAGUACUUCGUCAUUACCUCGGAGAUCGCCAUCUCCGUCGCCGCGCUGCUGGCGGCGCGCGAGAAGCACAUGCGCCUCGCUGCGCUGCGCUUCUUCCGCGCAUGCCUAGCGCGCAACAACCAGUUCAUCAACCGGCAUCUUGUCAAGAUCGAGCUGCUUGGUGCUGUGCUCGACGUCGUGGAGCGCGAGGAGCGGCGAGACAACCUCGUCGCCUCGGCCGUCCUGGACUUCUUCUUCCACAUUCGCAAGGAGAACAUGAAGCCGCUCAUCUCACACGUGAUGGAGAAGUACGGCGAGCGCGUGCGCAAGCUGGCACAGCUGCCCACCGUGGGUCCGGGCUUCGCCGCCUUCGUGCUGCAGCACGAGAAGCACGUCGAGCCGGUGCCCGAGGCCAGCACCACUGCCGAGGUCUCGUCCGCUGAGGCCGAGCGCGAGCGGCGGCAACGCGAUCUCGAGCGGCGCGGCGCCAACCGCGCGACGAUGGACUCGGACGAGGAGAGCUACUUCAAUGACGACGAUGAGGAGGAGGCCGCAAACAAGAUCGCCGCAGCCGCUGCACAAGCAGCGAGUGCGCCUACUGGCGAUGCUUCGCCAGCUGCGUCUUCCUCUGCGCCCGCACGGCCCGGGCUCGUUGCGUACGCCGACGACGACGGCGAUGCCGAGCCAGAUCCCGAGGUGCUGCCCGCGGCCUCGAAGCUGCCCUCGAUCCCCGACGAGGCCGACACGAGCGGCUCUGCCGACGCCUCUGAGCCGCUGAAGAUGCCGGAGAAGCGGCGGCGCGGCGACGAGGAGAGCGAGGAGGACGACCUCAUCGGCCGUUUGGCGAAGCGCAAGUCGAUCGCCAAGGAGGAGGCCGACGCGGAAGAGGGCGGCUUCCUGCGUGAGAAGUCUGUGACGCCGGCUCCCGAAGCCGCCUCGAGCGCCGCUGCUCAGUCCGGCGGCGCCAAGAAGAUCUCGCUCGGCCUCUCUUCGUCGUCGAAGAAGAUGGCCGCCGCCGCCGCCACUGCUGCUGCUCCGUCCGAAGUGUCGCCGGCCACAGACUCCUAGGUGCGCCCCGGCUGCAGCUUUCUGGACCCGCAGGUGCUCCUGGAGCCCGCGCCUUGCACUCUCCCUUGCUUGCCUUUCCCGUCUUGCUUCCACCAUCAUUCACUGUAAUUGUGCCGGCUGAAUGUCAGAUGCGCAGUCUUUGCAG